UCUCUGCAUACUGGACAGAACAGUGCCUUAUCCCUAGGGAAAGGAGCUAUUUCAGUCUUCACUAAGGAAUCAUCUAACACAAUUCAACAUAACCCUGUUGAGACUUCCUUUAUUUUAAAGAUAGCAGCUGAAUUUCUUUCAUUUGCAGCUGGAGAUUAAAUGACAAGCAAAAUCUACAGUUAGGUUAGAUUUCCAGGACACGACGAACAAGUGGAAAAUGAAAAAAACUGCACUACUGUAUUACCUCCUGUUUGCUUGUCUGUGUAUCAUUCUUGCUCAAAAUGACGGUUAUAAAAUAACUAGGAGGGGAAGAAGAAGAAUGCACUACAGAGGCUUAAGAAGGGGUUCCUUAGGAAACAGGAGACCAAGAAAGCAGCCACAAACCAAAUCCCCAAUCCCUACAACUCCAGUACUAAAAAUUCCACUUAUUAAUACUGAUGAGGAUAUUACAGAAGUAAUUGACUCACUUGUUGGCUUGGAUGGACAUGAAUCCAGUUAUAGUGUUUUACCAGGAAAGGAAGGACGCUGUUUUGCAAAUGGAAUUAUUAUGUAUGAUAAGGCAGUAUGGUCUCCUAAGCCCUGUGUCACAUGCCUCUGUUCAAAAGGAAAGGUGCUGUGUGAUGAAACACUAUGCCGUCCUCUGACAUGUCACAGAACCAAGAUACCUGAAGGAGAGUGCUGCCCAGUAUGCACAAAUAUUGUAUUAAGCAGUAUCUCACUUGGUGACGAAUCUGAAUUUUCUGGCGAUUCUCCAGAACCCAAUGAUCUUAGUGUUAUAGCAAAGCGAAAAACACAUACCCCAGAUGAAAGGAAUGUUGUGUUUAAAAAAGGAGAACUUCUUGAAAAUAAAAAAAAUAUUGUAAAAGAGAAAAGGAAGAGAAACAGAGUAAAAAGUCAGGAAGAGGAGAAAAAACAAGGACAUGAAAAUGAUCAAAAGGAUGAAGAGUUAAAAAAGAAAAUAGAGGAAGAAAAACGAAGAGCAUAUGAAGAAGAAGAACUAAGAAUUGAAGAAGAACUUAACAAACAGGAAGAAGAAAGUCAAGAGAAGGUAACUGAACAUGAUGAAAAUGAGGAUGAAGACCAGGAGGAAGAAGACAUUCUGCGUGGGGAUGUAUUCAGAAUGCCCCCUCGUUUCCCAGUUCCUGAGCUUUUUGCUGAAAUUCCUCCUCUGCCAACUGGAUGCUCUAUAUUGGACAACAUAGCAAGCUGCAUUAAUGCCAAACUUACACGAAUACCACCAAUCAUGGAUGCACAGCUUACAAGCAUAGAAUUUGUAGAGAAUUCCAUUGCUUUCAUUCCAGAUGACGCUUUCAAUGGGAUUCCUAAUUUGGAAAGGAUUGAUCUCCGUAAAAACAAUAUCAGUUCUUCAGGCAUAGGUCCACAAGCAUUUAAAAUUUUGAAGAAUUUGAAACGUUUAUAUCUGGAUGAAAAUUCUCUAGCACACAUUCCACCUGGUUUGCCAUCAACUUUAGAAGAACUUAAAAUAAACGAAAACCAACUACAUGCAAUAGAUGAAUACAGUUUUCAAGAUUUAAAAAACUUAGUGACACUGGAAUUGGAAGGCAACAAACUUAGCGAAGCAAAUGUCAAUCCUUUAGCAUUUCAACCUUUGAAAAGCUUGUCUUAUUUGCGUCUUGGGCGGAACAAAUAUAGGACUAUUCCUCAGGGCCUUCCCCAUUCAAUUGAGGAACUUUACCUGGAUAAUAAUCAAAUUGAAGAAAUUACAGAAAUGUGCUUUAACCGUACAAAAAAUCUAAACAUAAUUGUUUUAAGGCACAACAAAUUAGAAGAAAGCAGAAUAGCACCUUUAGCAUGGAUCAAUCAUGAGAACUUGGAGUCGAUUGAUCUCUCGUACAAUAAAUUAUAUCAUGUUCCAUCCUAUCUGCCAAAGUCACUUUUGCAUCUUGUACUCAUAGGAAACCAAAUUGACAGAAUUCCUGGGUUUGUAUUUGGACACAUGAAGCCAGGGCUGGAAUAUCUGUAUCUUUCAUAUAACAAACUGGAUGAUCAUAGUAUUGAUCCUGUAUCAUUCUAUGGGGCCUAUCAUUCUCUAAGGGAAAUCUUCUUAGAUCACAACCUGCUGAAGUCUGUGCCACUUGGAAUUGCAGAAAUGAAGUCAUUAACUUUUCUAAGGCUCAACAACAACAAACUAAGGUCAGUUCCAACAGAGCGCAUCUGUAAAACUAGGUUUAAUCAUGAGGACCAUGAAGAUGAUGAUGAUGAUGAGAGUGAAGAGGAACAUGAUUAUGAAGAUUCACAGCUAGAGUACCUUCAUCUUGAAUACAACUAUAUCAAUACAAGAGACUUAUCACCAUAUGCCUUUUCAUGUGUAAGAUCAUAUUCUAGUGUGAUUCUGAAACCACAGCUCAAAUAAUAAACCCAAAAAUACAGAACUUAUUUUAAAUACAUAAAUAAGAAUAUUUUUUCUUUUACCACCAACAACAAUAACAAAACUGCCUAUUAUAAAAAAUGUCUGAAUACAAUCAUUACACAAUAUUAUUUAUUUUUAAUUCAGGGCAAGAUAUAAUUUUAAGAAAGUGGCAGCAUACACUGGAUUUUCACCCUAUUAUUCAAUCCAAGAAUAAUACUAGUAUAAAUUUAAAUAUCAGUGAGGUAAAGAAGCACAAUGAAACUGGAAUUUGAUUAAGUCUUGGCUAUGACCAUCUAUAACGCUGUGCAUUACAGAAACAGAACAGACUAUUAAAUGUGUUCUGAAUUAGUUUAAAAAUAAAGUCAGUAAAUAAACUGGAAAUUUUAUGUGAAGAAUUAAGGCAUUAUACUACUUAGAAUAUAUGGAUUCUUUGAAUGGUACAUAGUAUAACCUUUGCUGUUAUUCAGUCCAAAUGUAGACUGCUCAGCGAAACCACAAUUUUAAAAUUGGCUCCAUUUUUACUGCAAAAUGCAGAAUCUCGAAAACACAAAUCUGUUACCUAGAACGUACAAGAAAAGUAUUAUUUGAUUUAAUAGUAAAAAAUUUCACUUAUCAGGCAUCACUGUGAAACCUGCAGCUAUAUACAUUUUCUCGGAGCUGCACAGUUUCUAGCUUGAAUUUCAGACUUUCUCAGAAUUUCCUCUAAUGUACAAUUAAGACAAUAGAUCAGAUACUGCCACUAUAUGAACAGAAAGGAACUAUACUGAAAAAUUCAAGUAAAUGACAGUAUGUCAAACAAAAGGAAACAUUCUUGACAGGGACAUAGGUAUAGAUUUUUAAUGGGGUGGGUUCGGGGCAAUUCCCCCACGCAGGGCCAUGUCUACCCAACCCGGGGGCAUGGCCAUGCCUACCCAAGCCCCACCUCCAGCCUCAGUGCUUAUAGAAGCAGCUUUUCGAGGUCAGGGAUGGCAGACUCCCCCGCCCCCUGCCCCGCCC